GAAUUUUAUAUGGCAAUGAUAUGGACCGCAAUGUGUCAAAGGGAUCUGUUUAUUAAAAUUAUACGAAAAUUAUACACGGGAAUUAUAAAAAGAAUCGGGACAACAAACUGAAGAUAAAUGUUGAAUAAAUAGUGCGUGUAAAACAGAAAAUUCAUGUGCAAUAAUGUCAACCACGGCAUAUGAACACGACGCUGAUGGUUGCAAAUUUAUCCCAGCUACUCAAAGACCAGAUGGUACAUGGAGAAAGCCUAGGCGAAUAAAGGAGGGCUAUGUACCCCAAGAGGAAGUGCCACUGUAUGAGAGUAAAGGAAAACAGUUUAAAGCGCGACAGAAUACGGGUUUACCAGUGGGUCUUACUCCUGAAAUAGUAGCAGCAGCACAAAAGUCUAAGAAAAAUCAAAGCGGGCUCAUACAACCUAUUCCGGGCAUGAUUAUUAAUGUGGACAAAAAGAAGAAGAAAAAGAAGACAGGUGUAGAUGAAGCAGUUGAUAAACUUGCCAAAUGCGAGAUAACAGAACCAGUGUUUAGUAGUGCAUCAUCAUCAUUACCAGCUAAUAGUACACAGUCAGCUGACCCAGCUAAAAGGCUCAAGAAUCUAAGAAAGAAACUUCGGGACAUUGAGUGCUUGGAAGAGAAAAUAAAAUCUGGGACUCUUAAAAAUCCCGACAAAGAUCAAAAAGAAAAGAUGUCAAAGAAAAAUGACAUUAUAAAAGAAAUAGAACUUUUAGAAAAACAAAAUAGUGCAUAAGUUAAGCCAAAUUUAAUAACAUUAUCAUGAAUUUCUAUGAUUGGUUUGUGUGUCGUCCGAAAGUAUGAUGAAGUUUUCUUUUAUUCAUUAUAAAUUAUUUACAACAAA